AUGGCAAAUAUCUCCCUCACACUCUCCAUAUGUCUUCUGGGAGCUUGUCUUGGUGGUGAAAACACAGUGUUCAUUGAGAACAAAGAGGUGAGCUUGGUUCUCCAGAGGCAAAGGCGAGCCAACUCCAACAGGCUGGAAGAGGUUAUUCCUGGGAACCUCGAGAGGGAAUGCAUAGAAGAAAAAUGCAGCUAUGAAGAAGACCGAGAAGUGUUUGAAAACGCAGAGAAAACGAUGCAGUUUUGGCAAACAUACAUUGAUGGGGACCAGUGCAACCCCAAUCCAUGCAAAAAUGGAGCUGUUUGCAAGGAUGAAAUCAAUUCCUACAUGUGCUGGUGCCCAGCUGGGUACGAAGGCAAGAACUGUGAGAUAGACUUCACUUGUGCUAUUAAAAAUGGAGGGUGCAAGCACUUUUGCAGUCAUCAGCCCCCACAGAAGGUUGUGUGUUCCUGUGCUGCUGGCUAUAAACUGCAUGAAGAUGGAAAGUCCUGCGAACCUACAGUGCCAUAUCCCUGCGGGAGUAUCACAGCUUCUGAAGCCAAGAGGAAACUCACCCAAUCCAUUAACACCUUUGAGCACUGGAAUAUCACCAGUGAUGACCUUGACGAUGCUCCUGACCAGGUGCUGGACAAUAUCACAGAAACCAGCACCGCUGCCACCACGAGGAUCACACCUGUGCUCAGGACAGGCACGGGUGUUGUCGGCAGGGCAGACAGCAUGAAAGGAGAGGUGCCCUGGCAGGUUCUGCUGGUGAACAGUGAAGGCUUGGGUUUCUGCUGCGCAUCCAUCAUAAACAAGAAGUGGGUGGUGACAGCAGCACACUGCCUGAAGCUGGGCUACACCCACAACCUCACUGCUGUGGCAGGUGAACACAAUGUCAGGAGCGAUGACCACACGGAGCAGCAGUGUAAGGUGGUGAGACUGCUCCCCCACCCCACAUACAAUGCCUCCAUCAACGUGUACCACAACGACAUCGCUCUCCUGGAGCUGGACCAGCCCCUUACCUUCAACAGCUACGUCACCCCCAUCUGCCUGGGCAGCCGUGAGUUCACCAACACUCUGCUGAAGCAAGGCAUUGGCAUGGUCAGCGGCUGGGGCAAGCAGUUCUUCCAUGGCUGCAAGGCCACCACCCUCCAGGACCUCAAGGUGCCCUUUGUUGACUGGCCCACCUGCCUCAAGAGCACCUCCACCACCAUCCUGCAGAACAUGUUCUGUGCAGGCUUCCCGUCUGGGGGCAGGGACACCUGCGAGGGGGACAGCAGGGGGCCCUACACCACUAAGAUUGAGGGCACCUGGUUUCUCAUGGGCAUCACCAGCUGGGAGAGGAAUGUGCCCUGCCAGGCAAAUAUGGCAUCUACACUAGAAUCUCGAAGUAUGUGA